AUGACCGACGACGCUCAGGAAGAGGUGCCCCGCGACGUGCGACUGCUCCACCUCCUGCUCGCCUCGCAGGCAAUCCAGCACUACGAGGACCAGGUCCCGCUCCAGCUCAUGGACUUUGCCCACCGGUACACGCGCGGCGUGCUCAAGGACGCGAUGGUGUAUGGGGACUACGCAGCGGGCGACGCGGCCGCGGAGCUGUCCGUGGAGGACAUUCGGCUGGCGAUCGCGGCGCGCACGCAGUACCAAUUCAAGCCCACGGCGCCCAAGGAGCUGCUGCUGCAGCUGGCCGCGGAGCGCAACAAGAAGGCGCUGCCGCAGGUGGUGAACAUGUGGGGGACGCGGCUGCCGCCGGAGAAGUACUGCUUGACUAGCCGGGAGUGGCGGCUGGAGGAGGAGCGGGACGAGCAGGGGCACGCGGUGGGCGACGGCGCGGCGCGCUGA